CUGCUACUCUCCACCCCUCGUGCCAGCCAUUGUUGCUUCUUCCCGUCCUUGUAUUUCUUCUCCAAGCUACGGAUUUGCCUCUGUCUAUCCCCUGUCCCACCCAAACCACCUCGGCGACUGCGAGCGGCUGAAAAGAGAGGACAGAAAGACUUCAGAGCUUGCACCGCACCCUUACGGCGGUUCUCACCAUGGCUACCUCUACCUCGGCCCUUCCCGUCUCCUUCCCUGGACGGGGCGGCUCCCCUCUGAACACACGAGCUUUGCCUUUUGUCAAACUCGCCGUGCUCCUCUCUAGCGCUGUAGGUCACGUCUUCGCGGCUCCGCUGGCCGAUGCCUUUGGCGCGAACGACGCAUAUACGGUAGCUGGCCACGGAGGAGGUGACGAUGAGGCUCCGGCGAGGACAGGUAUUGAGCUGACCAUUAGCAUGCUGUCGAUUGCUGGUCUCGUCCUUCUCGGAGGGAUCUUCGCUGGUCUCACACUAGCUCUCAUGGGUCUAGACGAGCUUCACCUGCAAGUUCUGUCCAGCUCGGGAACCGAUUUGGAGCGAGCUCGAGCAUCCAAGGUACUCAGACUCCUCUCAAAGGGGAAGCAUUGGGUCCUGGUUGUCCUGCUCCUGGGAAACGUCAUCGUCAACGAAACCCUGCCUAUCUUCUUGAGUGACUUUGGAGGAGGACUAGCCGCCGUCUUCACUUCGACUCUGCUCAUCGUCAUCUUCGGCGAGGUCGUCCCACAAUCAGUCUGUGCCCGAUAUGGCCUGGCCAUCGGAGCCUUCUGCGCUCCUUUGGUCCACAUGACUAUGCUCCUCUUUGCGCCAGUAGCCUGGCCCACGGCAAAAUUCCUAGACUGGUGCCUGGGUGAGGAUCACGGUACAGCGUACCGCAAGGCAGAGCUCAAGACCUUCGUUAGUCUGCAUCAGACGUUGGGCGCGGAGAACCUUAGCGAAGAUGAAGUGACUAUCAUUCGUGCUGUUCUGGAUCUCAAUGAGAAGAGCGUCAAGGAUGUCAUGACUCCCAUUGCAGACGUGUUCACCCUGUCCGCCGACACCAUCUUGGAUGACGAAGGUGUGAUUGAGCUGGUCAAUUCCGGAUACUCGAGAGUGCCGGUGUACGAGCCUGGCAAGCCCGACGCCAUCCACGGUAUGCUCCUCGUCAAGAAGCUCAUCUCGUAUGAUCCUGAAGACGCAAAGCCGGUAUCGUUCUUCAACCUCAGCCCUCUGCCCGAAGCAAGUCCCGACCUCACUCUUUUGGAUUGCCUUAACUUCUUCCAAGGCGGAUCCUCUCACAUGCUUCUCGUCUCUGAGAAUCCAGGUCAGAACAAAGGAGCUCUGGGCGUGGUCACCCUCGAGGAUAUCGUAGAGGAGAUGAUCGGCGAGGAGAUCAUCGACGAGACCGACAUCUACGUCGACGUGCAUAACAAAAUCCAGGUCGAGCGCAAGAAGGACACACAGCAAGGUCCUUCGAGCAGUCUGGGCCCGCUGAUUAGGGACGUCAUGGCGAAGCGUAAGCCGGGCAAUGCUCCUGUGCGUGCUCCUCUGCGGUCCAAAUAUGGUGCCCCAGGCUCGACUGCCUCCAAGAAUGCAGCUACGGGAGGUGGACCCCGAGCUAUGGACAAGGUCAUGAUCAAGCGACCAGGGUCUCCCACUCCUUCUGAAAGCGCUGCGACUCUUGCCAGUAGGGCGAAUGGAGCCAGUGCAGCCAAUGGAGGCGGCGGCGGCGGAGGAGGAGGAGGUGGUGGUGGAGGCAAUGCCAGUCUUUCCCCACGGAUCAAAGCCGUCGAGCACUUUGUCAAGGAAUACCAAAACCACCCCGAAACAGGCGAUGAGCAAGACCUGAACAUUUCCAUUUCUCCACGUCAAGAGGGCGAGGAGACGAACAAGAGACCAUUCAUCGUCGAGCGAGGACCGGAUGGGACUGGUCCCUCGAUUGUCUUCCAUGCGGGUGACGUGCCGGAGGACCCGGGGGCGGAGGAGAGGGCUAGGAGACAGGCCGAGGCGGAGAGGCAGGAGAAGGAGAGGCAGGAGAGAGAGGGUACCAAGCCUGAGGAGGAGGAGAAUGAAGGCAAGACGGACGUGAUGAAGGGAGUGAGGGACUUCUUUGGUGGUGGGAAGAGCAAUUGAGCGGGUAACAUGGAUAGGCGGGCAAUGGUGAGAGACCUUGGAAGCAAAGAGAGAGUAAUGAUGAAUGAGGUUGAAGAGGAAGCGAAGCGAUAGUGGGCCCAAACAUAUGUACCAUCCUGACCGUAGCAUCCUGCAGCAUCCACCAAAACAUCUCCAAUAAGGCAUCCCAUCCGCACAGACCUUUACGCACGGGAGAGGAUAAG